AUGGCAAACCGAGUGAAAACAAGAGAGACAAAAACCGGAGAGAUAAUUGCAUUUAGUGAAACAGCUGUCAGACAGAACCUGAUCAAUAUAGAAUACGUCAAAACAUCAUUAUCUUCAUUAGCAGGUUGUACAGCUGGAAUCUUAGGAUUAACUGGAUUGAGUGGCUUUAUUUUUUACAUUGCUGCACUUAUAAUCUUUUUUGGACUUCUAAUUGUGAAGACUGGAAAUACUUGGAAUAAAUAUUUCAUAUCAAGGAAGUCGCUUGUAACAAAUGGAUUUCUCGGUGGACUUUCUACAUACACUCUAUUUUGGACUUUUGCGUAUGGAACGAUGCAUGUGUAUUGA